AUGAACCGGGGAAGGAAGGCAGCCCCAAAGACUUCUCCAACAGAGCAACCUGAGGAAGUGUUCCAAGAGCUGGGGAAGAUGGAGCAGUACAGAAACUCACAGGACUCAAGAGUAUUCUCAGCAGGAGCGUCGCUUAAAGUCCUUCAACACCAGUUUGGUCUGUUGCAGCUGGAGGUGCAGGCUCGUACGACUCCAACUCCCAAUCCACUGCUGAUGGCUGGAGACCCCUUGGAAGGUCCUGAUGAUGAGGAAGCUGUCCCUAGCCGCCUGCUGUCUCAGUCUACUACCUGUCAGAAGGAUCGUUCAGAAAUUCGUGCUGCAGCUGUUUGCCGGUGGCCGAAGGAGGAUUGGGCCUUCCGUUUAAUUCCUCUCUUGACAGGUAAGGCCAGAGCGGCUUAUGUACAUAUGGAUGUGGAUGAUUCUCUUGACUAUGAGGAAGUUAAGUCCGUCAUCUUAAGAAAAUAUGACAUCAACCAGGAAACGUAUAGACAACAGUUUCGUUCUCUGGAUGUUGAACCCCUUGAGAGUCCCAAAGAAUUAUAUGUGCGGUUAAAGGAACUUUAUGGGAAGUGGAUCCAACCAAAAGCUAAGUCGGUUGAGGAAGUUGGUGAAAUUAUAAUUCUUGAGCAAUAUCUAAGAAUGCUUUCUCCUGAGCUCCAGGUUUGGCUGCGGGAACAUGAUCCUAAAACUGCCGCACAAGCUGCAACCCUGGCGGAUGUGUUCGUGGCUGCACGUAAGAGGAAUCAAUCAUGGGCUUGGAAAACCAGCAGAGAUGACCGCAGAUUAAACCUUCCCCAGCAAAGCCAGAGAAGUUUUUCCAGUGCCGGUAAGCCUGCUGGAGGAGAACCUGCAUUUGCAACCUCUCUCAAGAGUCACAAAAGAGUGCCAAUCUGCUAUUUGUGUGGUCAGGAAGGCCAUACUGAAACCAAUGUGUCCUAA